GUUAAUUUCUGGUUAAAAUCUUUCAUAAAUCAGAUUUUAAAUAUCUACUAGAGCUGAUUGAAUUUUAUUAACUUAUUUAUGGUAAACACUACUUGUAAAAGACACCAAAACAUAUAUUGUAUUACUGUUUACGAUCUCGCUAGAACUUGUCACAGCAUGUCCCAGAAAAAUUGACGGCAUAUAGGUCUAUAAGGUAGUCUUAUAUCAUUCAUUGUUGAAAGCUCAUUAGGUAAUUAUCUGAUUAAUUAAUCUCUGAGGGAUUAUUGACAGGUAGUAUUCAGUACUGUCGUGUAUAUUACCUAGUUACACGGUGUGCUCUGUGAUAAACUGUUAUGAAAAGGUCGUAACGGGAAUAUCGUAACGUCGGAAUAUAACCCACAACUACAGGUAAUUAAAUAAUCAUGGAUUUCCAGAAUAUAAGAACCGAAGUGACGACUACGACAACAAGGACAAUUCAAAAUGGCGUCGAUGAUUUCACAUCUAAAAUGUCGGACGGCGAAGACGAAGUUAUCCAGACUUUUGAUUCAUUAGGUGAUAUAAGAGACGGAGACAGUGACAAUGGCGACGAGAAUAUUCGAGUAAGAAAAACAGUUACAUAUGCAUACAACACGAAUGACAUUUCCGAUGACAUUAACGUUAAUCCGGAAGUACACGAUUUGACAAAUAACAUCGAACGGACAUUACCGAGUGAUUGGGAUCUAGAUAAUGUUGAUCUUGUAAAUGAACGUAUUGGAACAACGGUGGUUUCUCAUGUUGAUGAAGAUUUAGAAGAUUCUGAGGUAGAUAAUUUUUUCGGUGUUCCGGAAGUAGAUCAUGAAAUCGUAACGAAUGUUGACGACCGAAUGCGGCCACCAGUAGAUUCUGAAAUAUCCGUUAAUACAGGUUAUCAUAACAACGACACGGUUAUAGCAGACGGUUUAAUAUCCGAAGAAGUCAAUCGCAUCAACCAGAUUUCUGAAGAUAAUGAGUUUGGGAUUUCUGAUGCAUUAAACAGCCCGCUUGCAGAUUCCGGUGGUUUUAUUCAAAAUGGCGAGCAUGUUAUGGGUGAUGUGAGAACCGACGUGACUGGAGAUUGGAGAAUGGGUGAAGUGGAAGGAAGUGAGGUUCCUGAUGAUUUCAACAGGGUAAGGGAUGACGUAGAGGAAUUUACAAAUAUAGCGGAUGACCCAGCGAACACUCCUUCCUUUGGUACGGAUAUUAAUAUUAACCCAACUUCAGAAAACAGAAAUGAUGAUAUGAAACAUGAAAUUACAGACGAGGACAAUAGUGCUACUGUAGACACCCCAGAGGGGGGUGUAUUCGGAACAAUUAAAGAAAAGGUCAUGGAGGUUCGUUCCACGGGUUUGCAUUACGCAGGAGAUGCCAUCACGAACAAACUGGAAGGCGCCAGCGACGAAGGAAUUAUGGGAACGAUUAAACAUAAAGCAAAAGAAACGAAUGCAGUAGAAACCGUAAAAAACAAAAUCACCGAUGCCAGUGAUUCUGCGAUAAACAACGACGGUAUUGUAGAUAUGGUGAAGGAUAAAAUGGGCAGCUCGGAUUUCCUUGGUUCAUUUGGUGCCAGUUUAACCGGUGGUUCUUGCGAGGGUGAAGAAAAAUCAGAAACCUUGGAUGUGAUAGGAGACUCACCCGACGUAAUCAGUAACAACACUAAUCUUGCAGACGAUACAACUUUAAAAAUAGUAGAUAACUCUGAUUUUAUUGAAUCUGUAAAAGUAGCAGACACCAAUGCCGAACCUCCAUCAAAUCAUGUCCAUUCGGAACCUCCAACAAUUCAAGUCAAUUCGGCACCUCCAACAAUUCAAAUCAACUCAGAACCGCAAGGCAUUGAAAUAGACACAUUUAAUGCUUUAAGCGAUGAUGACAUGGACUAUGAGAUGAAAGACGUCGACAUUAGUAUCAACAACGAGGAGGACUUUGGGAAAGUUUUCGCAGAAAAUCGUCAGUCCAUGAGAGAGGGUCAGGGGACGGAAUUGUUUCGUCAGCCCCCGAGGUUUAACAGUAACGAAUCUCUGAAUAGAAAGGACAAAGAGAAAAAGGCGAAAAAAGAGAAAGAGGCGAAUGGAACGAACUACACGAUAUCGGACAUGCCAAAAGAUGAGGCUCGAUCACAAAGAACCUGCGCGGGAAUUAUGAAAAGUUUCUUUUGUCCAAAACGCGGCAGUUGGCAACCGGACAGUUAUCUUUGAGGAGUGUGUUGUAAAGUGAACUUAACUGAAACGUUUUAAAAACUGUGAAUGGACACAAAUAUUGUUAUUUGAUAUCAAAUAUUUUUAUAUGGUGCGAAUGAAUUAACCUAAUUUUAUAAACUAGUGACCAUGGUGUCGUGUUUGUAUGUGAACAUGUUUGUAUAGACUGUCUGAUUUUGAUUUAUUUGUACUAUCAUAGGCCUACUAACAUUAAGACGAAACUUUGACGUCAUAUACCAUGCGACAUAAUAAUCAACGCAAUCACCGGCCAUCCAGUGAGGUUUUAAGUCAUGGGUAAUAAUAAUAUUAUGUUAAUGUUAAUAUGACAAUGGCUUUGACAAGGAAUGGGCGUUAACGAGGAUCCACAAUAUUUGUUUGUUUUUGUAGACAGAAAGCGAAAACGAUGUGUCAUGUUUAGAAAUGAAAUUAAUUGACAUAUUUUAAAAAAAAGUACCUAGUUAAUAAGGUUCCUGAUUACACAAUAAACAAAACAGACAGAGCGGUGUGAAUAAAGGACAAUGUUGGUAUCCAACUAUUUUACAUUUUGUGAUAGAACUGGUUAAACACAUUCCAAAUAUAAUUGUAGCAUAAAAAUCUUUGCUAUGAUUUGGCCGACUGGAAAGGAGAGUGGUAUGGUAACAGCUACACAGGCGAGUUUCAGCUCAUUGGUAAUUCCUGAGAAGACGAAACCAACUAUAUAGUUACUUACGCCAUUUUUAACAGCAUAUAUCAAAAUAUCAUACUUAACGCAAUCAAAUGCUUUACUAGAUUCGAUACUAUACAAUACAUACGACCCUUGGCUUUAACUAAAGCUCUAAAGUACAAUAUUUAUGUCCACUAAUAUAUUCAGAAACAAUGCCACACUGAGGAAAUGCUCUGAUGCUUUUAUUAGAGGAAACCCGUGUAUGUUAAUAACGGGCCAAUUGCCUACACAUGUACAUAAACAGUUCAUAUGGGCGGCUUACCUGACGGCCCACUUCACUCGCAAAGAGAUACACCGUCUUAAUAAUGAGUAAUUGCUCCACCAAUCCUCAGACAUUCAGCAAUUCGCCGUGGCAUGCUCCUAAUCUGUAAUCAACCAUCCAAUCACGAUUUGGGGCAAUCUGACCCACUCCUCUUGCAGUGCCACGACCAAUUCUUGCAGUGUUGUCGGUUGACGUUGAGGUCGACGAACACGUCUCCCGAUCAAAUUAAACGUAACACACUAAAGCAAGAUACGCUAAACAGUAAAUCGUAUGCAAGAACCGAUAGGAAAGCAAACAUGGAUAGAUAAACCAGCACGCGGCAGUUUUCACCAACCCUUCCUUUUCAUCAAAUUUGACAAUAAACCCCUCCCACGUGUAUGGCGCUAUUUCGUGUCGCAUGUGCAGCUCAGUGGUUCUGUUGGGGCGAUAAGUUCUUCAUCUGUGAAAAUACUCUCAAAGCAUGUCAAAUGUCCAUGGCUAUUUAUCAUAUCGCAACCUGCAUAGGUAUUUGCAUUUCAAUAUCCCCUACUUUUUUUGAAGAGUAUAGAAAAAUAUUUUGGGCAUGUUCAUUAAUACCAUACGCUUACUUACUGAUGAAUUGUGUGUAUACCAUAGAUAGAUGUACUUAUUUUCAUACUGGUAUAAAGUUCCUUUAUCACAAAAGUAAUUGUUUUAGGGGUGUGGUUCAUAAAACAUUCAUGUUAUAAAGAAAUGUCGAUCAUAAAACAUUUACUAUUCAAUUCUGUGUGAAUUAUCACCACUUUCUAUCCAUACCGUAGGCGAAUUCGAAGCAUCUCGAAUCGGUUUUCUGGAUUUGAUAAAUUCUUCUUAAUGAUUUGCUACAAACAAAGAUCUCUCUACCCUGUCUCUAGAAAUAUUUUGCGUUACCGUCUUAGGGAGGUCUUUUUUCUUAAUCAUAAUGUCUGUCAAGCAUCGAGACUUGGACCCCAGGCUAAAGGUAUACCAUAUUAUAUUAGCCUCUCUCCACCCACCCCCUCUCAUAUACAGUAUUUUUAUUUUAAGUCGUCAAAAGUUACAUGAAAAUAAAAUCUCUCUCUCUCUCUCACACACACAGCUAUUUAUAUCCCCCACCUUCUUAUGAAAGAAACGCGUCAUAGAUCUAAAUUACAGUAAUAAUAGACCAGUUUACAAUUUUUGUUACAAUUUAAAUCUAAUCAACAUAAUAGUUUUAGUGCUGUAUAUUUAUUUAUAUUUUUGUGUUAACAUAUAGCUUAUUUUAUAAACAAUAUUUAUCCAAUCUUGAUCUCACUUAAUCACAAAUUUCCUAGAACAUAUUGUUUAACAGUGUUAUUUUGGGGGCUUUUUGUUAAUCAGAUACUUGUGAAUUGUGUACAUUUUUAAUAAUUUUGUUACAAGAUUUAACCGCCAUAAAAAUGAGGUGAUGUAUUUAUUACAUAUUUUUUUUUUUAGAUAUAUGGGUAUAUAUAUUCCACAUUAAUUAAAAGUCACCUUUCUUAUGGGAGCUUUCGGCUGUUGUUCAUGGUCAACAAUACAAAGAACGAAUGGAACAUGAACAAGACGCUAUAGGGAUGAAUGGCAAAACUCUUUCAUAUGUUUUAAACUCAGGGAGCCACGGUGGCUCAGUGAGUAAGACGUUGAUCCCUAUGUUGACCAAGAAAGUUCAUCAGAUUUUUUCCGGCGUGAUUCCCAAUUGGCAGACAUGUAGUAAAUAGGGCCUUGCGAGGGACAGCGUGUAGCCGUUCCACACUGAUCAGCAGUGAAUUUUCGCUAGGCUGCUACAAUCACUGAUAAAGAUGACAUCGAUGCGACUUAAUGAGUCCCAAAUAUUAACUUUUUUUCUUCCGUCAAAUUAAAUUCUAAAACAUUUUUUUCAUUUAUUAGAAAAAUAAAUAAAGACGUUUGAAUUAUUUGUAGGUUAAAAUCAUUUCCUAUUUAGUGUAAAUGGGUAAUAAAAUAAGUAAAAUUCGUCAUUUAGCCCGAAUGUAUAACGUCUUAUGUAAACAAUGAUUGUAACCGUUCGGGUGGAACGAAAAUCCGGGGUCCCGUGUACACAUAGGCUUGUGCAUAAAAUAACAAUUGACAGUUGGAAUUCGAUAUAAGAGUAGGCCAUAGCGCCGCUGUCCGCGGCAAAAUUUCUCCUAUAGCAACCUGAUAGCGCAUGCCCGUCUUUAUUAGCCCAGUCGGUGCAGAACAGUAAGCCGUUAAACCAUUUCAUUUUUCGUUUUAAACUCAAUAUGACGAUAGACACAAAACUGAUAACUACGUAUAAAUAAUGCUCAACGGACAUUUUGGGCUCAUUCAGAUGAGGCUAGUAACAAGUGGUAUCAACUCUUCUGGAAAGAAUAAGACCCUCCCCCCACACACCUUCCCCAUCAUCCGUUAAAACGUGUAGCUAUAGUUAUCAUUCUUGAUGCUUUUAUUCUCCAAGUUGUAUAACUACAGUUCCUAUGUAUGAAAUAUGGAAAAUGUAGUCAAAUAAUUGAAAUCAAGAAAAAUUUAUUGUGAUAUCCCCGUGUUUAAGUUAGAAAGAAACAAAGCCAGUAAUUGUUGUUGAAACAUUAUGUGAUACUUAGUUAAAUCUAGAAAUGAUAUUUUAAAAACGUUUUGACUUUAAAUUGUAUCUAUAUUUUUAUACGCCCGCAUUGAAAUGUCGUAUAUUGUCGUCACCCCUGUCCGUCGGCCCGUAAUUACUUCCAGAGCUAUGGCCCUUGAUCAAGGUAACAAGUCUUGUUAAUAUUAACCACCAAAGUUAACAUCCGUUUGACUUUAAAUGUAUACACAGUGUAUACGGUCAUAGGAUGAUGAAUCCUAUUGAUUUCCAAGGAGUUCCGAUAACUACACUACUGCCAUAGUUAUGGCGCUUGAUCACUAUAAAAAAUCUUGUGGACGCUCUAUAGGGCUAAAAUUUCAAUCUGAGUGACUUUAAAUUGAUGCACAAUUUAUUUUUAAGGUCGCGAGACAAAGACGUCUGUGGAUUUUCAAUGAUUUUCAAAAAGAACUUCCAGAGUAAUGGCCCUUGAUCAUAUUGAAAAGUCUUGCCGUGGUUCUAGAUACAAUAUUUAUCAUCCGAUUAACUUUAAAUGUAUACACAGUCACAGUAUUUAUGUUCAUUGAACAAAGGAGCCGUUUGAAUUGCAAUGAAUUCCGAUGACAAGUAAAUCCAUGAUAUUAUAUGUUUUUAAAUUAAACGUUAGCAUCGGGCAGAACUAGAAGCCAAAUAAAUUCUAAUAAUUUCUGAUAACUCUUAAUUAGCUUUUUGUGUUUUGUAGAGGCUUUCAUUACCGACAAAAGAAAAAUUAGCGACAACCCUUGUGGUCUAUCGGACGACUUAGCUGCUGUGGUUGUAUGUUUCAUUGCCUGGCAACAUAUCUUUUAUUUAUACAUUAUACGUACAUGUAUUUCAAGCAUAUUAAUUGAUAUAAUUUAUUAACAUAUGAAUUUAAGUUGUCUAAAUCAGGGUUGGAACUGACAAUCUGUCGGACAAAGCUAUCAACGUAUACGCCAAUUUCUCGUCACCGACAUUUUCCUAUCGCCUAAUCUUCGAGGCUUUGCGCAGGUAAAAUAGCUUCAAGUGCAAAAUUCUCCACACAUAUAAUUAGGUUCAGUUGUAAAUUUUCAACACUAUCAUCACAGUUUGCAUGGAAAUAAGUAAUUAUGUUACAAAUAGCGAAGAGUGGAACACUGAAAUCUUAAUCUUACCUAACUGAACAGUUUUUUCUGUAUUUUCGAGUAACAUGAAAUCGCGUGAUUCUGGUUCGGCGGCCAUUUUAAAAUGAACAGAAAUUUCGCAUAGCUUUUGGUUUGAAUCAAAUCAUAUACUUAUGCGGUAAGGUUUUAUCUUUAUUUCAAUGGUAAUUAGUUUAUUAUAUAUUAAGCUAUGUACAGUACAGUUCGAAAUUGAGGGAGUUAUAGGCUAAUAACUUUUUGUAGUUAAAUGACUACAAAACUUGCUCAAAGGAAGGCCUUGGGACGAUCCACUACUAUGGCUGGAGCAAGACGCAAGACAUCAGUAGUGGAACCAUUUCUAAUAUAAUUAUACUUUGUAAGUAGAAUUUGGGGUUCGUUUAAUUGGAAAGUACGGUAGGUUAAUCCACUAACUUUGUUGUCAUCAAAUGAUUACAAAACUUGUCCUGUAACCAACCACUACUGUGGCUGGAGGCAAAACGAAAGACAUCAGUAGUGUAACCAUUUCUAGCGUUCACCCAUACAAUUAUUCGUUUAAAUAAAACUAAACGGAAUGGAUUCAAUCAAUAACUUAAACUAAAAAUCCCCUUUAGAAAAGAUUUUAUAACCCCGAUGGUUUGUCGGCGAUGGAUUGGCUACCAAAUAUUGCUUGCUGUGCGCAGAUUUUUCUGGAGUUCGUUAAACAUCAGGUAAAUUUGAAAUUCCAACCCUGGUUUGUCCUUUAAUAGAAUAUGAAUUUUUUUUAUAUAGGAAUGGUAAAUACGUUUUGUUUGUAUACAAAUAUAUGAAUUAUAAGGUGAUAUUUUAAUAUUAAUAUUAAUUCUCAUAAUACAGUAACUGACAUAACAUUUUAAUCGGCGGUUUCCGUUACUCGGCAAACCUCGACAGAUUCCGUUACUCUACAUCUAGCCUCGGCUGUGUGGAGGUAAGUGAUAUGUACCUACGCCUAUACAAUUGCGAUGCGGCACCGGUUUACUUAUUAGGAAAAGUUGCCGCUUUUAAAAAGGUGUUAUCAAAAUUGCGUCGUUCAAAGCGUGUGUAGAAUUGUCAGUGCAAAGUUGUCCUUGUUUGAAGAAAAUCGGAUGAACUUGUAAGAAAAACAGCUUCAGACUUUGAAAUAUUUGUAUGAUAAAACAUCUUUCACAAGGCGUCGUCAUGUGAAACGCUGUUGGUAAUCCCGGAACUUGAAAGUAGUUCCAAUGGCGUACUUCGUCAUACAGCUAGAUGUAGGGUACUGGAAUCUGCUGAGGUUUGCCGAGUGGGUUACAUGUAGAGUCCUGUAUUAUAAACAUAAUAUAAUAAAUUGAGUAUUUAUAUAAA